CGCCGGUCGGGUUGGAGCUUGGAAAGGGGGGCAACAACUGGCAGAGGCAUCAGCGUCCCGGUGCGGUUCGGUGCUAUGGACCCCAGCGACAAUGUCGAGACCGGGGAGACAGAAAACUAUCCUGAGCUAUUUUACGUGCCUAUCCCCGGGGAAGCACCAUUCAAGAGGGAGCAGGAGAAGUUGUCAGGGGUCGUGAAGAACGUCCACAGAAAACUGCGCAGGAAAUAUAGAGAGGUGGGCGACUUUGACAAGAUUUGGCGAGAGCACUGUGAGGAUGAGCAGACACUGAGUGAGUACGCACUGGCCAUGAAGAAUCUCGCUGACAACCACUGGACCAAAAACUGUGAAGGAGAAGGACGGAUUGAAUGGUGUCGCAGCAUUUGUCAAGAGUAUUUUUUGGAUGGAGGGAAGAAAAGAAUGUUAGAAAAGGAUGAGAAAAGUGCCAAGAUUGCCAUGGCGGUGACUGCAGCAUCUGUAAAUACCCAACCUUACAGAACCAUCCCAAGUUCAAUUUCUCAUCUGGGGAAAAUGCGUCUUCUUGAUGUGGGAAGCUGCUUCAACCCUUUCUUGAAGUUUGAUGAAUUCCUCACAGUUGGUAUUGACAUUGUGCCUGCAGUUGAGAGUGUGUACAAGUGUGACUUCCUCAACCUUCAGCUCCAGCAGCCUCUCCAGCUGGCAGGAGAUGCAGUUGAAGCUUUCCUCCGCCAGCUCUACAACCCCAUCGAUGCUCUGCCAGCACAGCUUUUCAAUGUGGUGGUCUUCUCACUGCUUCUCUCCUAUUUCCCCUCGCCAUACCAGCGCUGGAUCUGCUGCAAGAAAGCUCACGAGCUACUUGAGUUGCACGGCCUACUGCUUAUCAUCACGCCUGACUCAUCACAUCAAAACCGCCACGCCCUCAUGAUGCGGAGCUGGCGUGUAGCCGUGGAGUCGCUUGGCUUCAAGCGCUACAAAUACGUCAAAUAUUCCCACAUGCAUCUCAUUGCAUUCCGCAAGGUUUCUCUGGCCACCACCAGUGAUCUGGUGUCACGCAACUACCCUGAAAUGCUCUACAUCCCUCAGGACUUCCACUCCAACGAGGAGGAAGACUGCGCUGACGUACCCAUGCAGGUGCGCUCCGAGUAUGAGGAUGACCAGCUGGCUUGGGGCUUCACGGAGCUACCUGACACACCCUAUGAUUCAGAUUCCGGGGAGAGCCAGAGCAGCUCGGUACCUGGCUUUCAUGAGCUAGAGGACCCCAUUCUGCUUCAGAGCUAGGCUAAAUCACCAGCUAACACCCCCACACUUCCCCACCCCCAUAACUGUCAACUCCCCUUCAACUGCUGCGCUGCCAAAUUUAACCUGCUGCAUUCUCCUUCUCUUUAUCCUCCCUCUCCUUUGAUGCAGUUUGCACAGUGUGAAAGAGAGAAGUUUACAGAUUACUUUCUCAUAUACACACAUUUCAAAGUACAUGCACACAAAGAUGGAUAUAUUUUGAUAAAUAGUUAGCUUUUAUAAGAGUUGGAAAGUGACUUCCCCUAAGAUAUCAUAAGUCCCUGCUCCUUUAUUUCCACUCCAUCUUCCAAAUCAGCUCUUAGUAACAAAAGUCAGCUUGUGUACAACUUAACUUGGUCUCUAUUUGAAUAAGCUAGUGUGGCAGGCUGUAAAGUAUAAAUGCCAAAUACAGCAACCUGAGCAGUCUGGUAGGAGUUCGAUUGCACUGGAAAGACUGAGAUAGACUGGCCGAUUUUGGUGUGCUUGCUUCUGUCACAGUCAUGCAGCUAGACUGAAAAUUCUUGAUGUGCAUUUAGUUUUCCAAGAUUAAAAAGGAGUAAAUACCUUGAUAAAUCUAUAUUAUCAACAGUCGAAGCAUUGGUGUUGUCCAGUGUAAAAAGUGGCAAUGCCAUUUUAAAGUGGUAUCCUCUGAUUUGUGGAUCUUUUACAAGAAAGUGGUAUUUGUAGCAUUUUAAACAUUUUCAGAACCAUACAGUAGGAGUAUUAAUAGGUUUACUAAUGUGAAACUGUAACUGUGUUUACUCAUUCUAUAACAAGGUACGAAUGUUUCAAACUAGGUGUUACACUUUUUUUUCCUCCUCUCAUUGUCCUCACAAAUAUUACUGAUGAAUUAUCUCCUGUCAGAUUUCCAGUACAUUUUGUAUUCUCACACAGAGAAACAGUACAACACUGCAAGUAAGUGACCCAUAUCAAACUGAUUUUCCAGCACGAGUAUCCUUUGACACAGUUUUGUAACUUUGAUGUUGAAAUAUUGUAAGCACUCUGCCUCAAACUAUACAGAUCUGUGUCGGAAACUUCACUUUGACUGAAGAUAUUUGCACUAAUUUAUUGUGUCAGACAGAAACUCUGAAACAGGUAAGAUACUGUAGAUUUUAGCAAUAGCAAACAAGCAGAUUUAAAGAUAACUGUAUUCCGUGAGAGGAGGUUUUAUCUUAAGACACUACCUGGUGAAACGUUUGUGUAUGUUCCCGCCUGUUCCUGAACAGGCCACGUGUGUGGGUGUGGUUGGGUUUGUUAGUGUGAAUGGAGGAGUGAAUUUACUUGAUGUGUUGUUGUUUUUUGCCUGUGGCACUUUAUGAUUGAUCCCAAAGGGUGUCACAAAAUGUAAUUAUUUUCCUAUGAGGACAUUUUUAGAACCAACACGAUGAGCCCAUUACAUAAGACCAGUAAGUCUAACGUGCCUUCUUUGUUCACAUUUACUUUGCAAGCAGACUUUAAUAACCCUGAAGAAAAAUAAAUUCAUACUUUUAAUAACCAGUAUCCAGCGUCUUUGGCCAAACAGUAAAUACAAACUAUUAAGUUGGUUUGUCAUACUCCUGGUUAACAAGAAUCAUCUCCAGUGUCGAUGUGAUGCAGUGUGUUUCCAUCAUUCCUAUAUCAUUUUCCAGCAAUACACAUGUAUCUCUGUUUUGACAGAAAAAAACAACACAAACAUUCAACAGUAACAUACGAGUACAUAUUCAGAUUCUUCAGAAGGGAGUUUGUGACUGAUUGGUGCAUCUGUCUUCCAGUGUUUCCUUAUGACAAAUUUGCAUGAGAUGGUUCAUCUUCAUUAUCAAGGUUUUCAACACCGCAGAACAAUGUGUUCUUGUAGUAUGGUUGUGUUUCUCUUUUAUAAAUGAAUGUAAAUGUAAAGUGUCUCUGAGUUGUCUGUGUGUGUUGUGCUUUUACUUUUUAAUGCAAC